AUGGCUGAAUUCAAAGAUUUUAAUGACGCACUCGGCUAUGGCUUCAGCGAUAGUCUGCUCCUGUCUCCGUUGGCUGAAUCUGAAGACUCCAUAAUAUCUGAACUGUCAGCUCGAGCCGAUCGGAGUCGCUCGGAUUUACUGGUGACCAAGGGUCCAGAGGCAAAAGAGGAAGAAAAGCCCCGCCCACUUCAUCGAACUACGAGGGCUACAUCUUCGGAGGAUUUGUACGAGGAGCUGGAUCAUAUUUAUGAGGAACUCGACAAUUAUCGAUCAAAAUCGAUUGUCACCCCUGAAUCAAGUGACGGGUCAAGUACGGUAAAAGAUGAGGACAGCAAUGAAGCAGAGGAUCAUAUUGGCUAUGCACCCAUCGAGGACACCAUCGAAGAGAUUAAGGCGCCCGAAAUCGAACAUGCAGAACAUCAAUUACAAUUGCAACGUCCAGAACUGAUGUCAUCCGAGUAUCGUCCACGAGUUCGAAAAGCACAUCCGAAUGGUCUCGUUUUUCCACGCAUCACCGCCACUGUACCCACAUUGCCUGAAGUCCCGGAAGAACGUGAACAGCCUAGCGAUGACGAAAGUACAAGCGCUAAAUUGAGCGUCAAAUCGUCCGAUAUGCCAUUUGUAGACGAUUCGCCACGAUUAGCCUUGGAGCAGAUUUUGCCAUCGGAUCUGACAUCAACCGUGGACGAAUCAAGAAGGGCGGAGAUUAAAUCACAAGCACAAGUGAAAGCUGAUCAGCAUAAAUUGGUUAUACAUGGAUGGGAGUCUUUAAUUUCCGAUUCGGAGGACAAUUGUUAG